AUGAAAUCAUUAAAGAAAGACAUCUAAAAUCUAUAUCCAUAAUUUAAUAUAGUAGAAGUGCUUCGAUGUAAUAAAUUCAAAAAAACUAUUAUCCUUAAAAGAGUUAAUAAACAUUACAUUUUAAGGUUAUACAGUUUAGAGGAAGUUAAUAAGAAUAAAGUAACUUCUUUAAUAUAAUUCAUUGAUAAACUAUCUAAGACAUUUAAUCCUCAUAUAGUUAAAUUUUAUGAAGCUUCACACGAUGCAAAUAAUACUUAUUUAGGGUAUUUUAAUGUAUAAUUUAAAAGAGUAAUAAGUUAAUAUCAUGACACUCAAUAUUAAUGUCCAUUAAAUGAAUAGGAAAUCCUUAAUGUUCUAAUUUAGGUAUUAUAAAAUGAAAUUUUUAGAUUUGUUCAGCACUUGAAUUAUUUCAUCCUAAGAAUCCACAUGGUAAAAUUAGUUUAUCAAAUAUAUUUUGCUCUUAACAAACUACAAUAUUGGGAGAAAUGAAUAUUUUAUAUAAUCUUCAUUAAGAAAACUAUUAAGAUAUAUAUUUAUUAGCUCCAGAAUUUAUAAAAUUAAGAAUAUAUGAUAGUAGAUCUGAUAUAUGGAUGCUUGGAAUUUUGGUUUAUUAAUUAAUGUUUAAAGAAUAGCCUUUUAAAGCAAAUAAUAUAAAUGUUUUACAUAAAUAAAUAUUAAAAGGGAUUAAAUUUACAUAUCAUCCAUAAUAUAGUCUAAAUUUAAAUAAUUUAUUAAGAUUAUUAUUGUGUUAUGAUCCUGAACUAAGACCAUCUAUUAGUUCAAUUAAACUUUUCGCUGAAUAAGCCUUGUUGAGCCCAGAAAAAUUUGAUAUUUUCUAAAUAUUACCAAAAUAUAAGGUUGAAUAAAUUAUAGUACAACAAAAGAAAAAAGAAGAAGAAAGACAAAAUGUAAGGGGAAAUUCAAUUUAUCUGAAUGAACAAGCUUUGAAAUAUCCUUCAUUUAAACCUUCAAAGAUUUUAAAAUCAGAUAAGAAAAUUAAAUUUACAAAUCCAUCUCCUCAACAUUAAGGAGAGAACUUUAGUAAUAAUGAUAAUUGUUUAGAUAUAAAAUAAUAAUUUCCAACUUUACAGAUGGAAUAGAUAGAGAGCAAAAAGAAUUUAUCUUUUACUGAGAAAUACUCUUAAUCAUCAAAAAAGAAACUCAAUUUUACAUAGAGUUCUUAAAAAUAAUAAAAAAGAAAUUAGGAUUUUCUUUAUCCUGUUUAAUUACCUAAAGUUUUAUAAUAUUCAUUUAGUAAGAUUACAUUUGGAAAUGAAUUAAGUCCUAUGAAAUAAAAAGAUUAGUAUUAUUUAUUGAUAUUUUUUAGAUAAAUUGGAUUUACAAAUAAAUUGAAUCAAUAUUCAGAUAAAAAUUUUGAAUCUAAAAUUACUAGAUCUCCUCCAAAAAUAUUAAUACGUUCACAUAUUGAAUCAGCUUCAAGAUCUUUCAGUUAACGAUAAUGA